UAUUCAGUCCCAACAUUGUAAUGACCUCUAAUGGGGAUGGUGAUUUGUUUCCAACAAAUAUUACGAUACUUCAGUAUCUGCUGGAAAAUGAUUCGACGGCAGUGGCUAUUAAAACGAAGGGCGUUGGUUCCUGUGCGAACGAAAAUUUGAUGGACAACUCAUCCGAAGUCAAAGCAGAACCGGAAAAUAUUGCGGUUUACGAAUGUACGAAACCUAACUGCGGAAAGUACUACUUACAACUGGAACAUCUGAAGGCUCACGAACGAAUCCACUCUGGCGAAUUGGUUUGCAAAUGGGAGCCUCAUCCUGGUGUAGAAGCGAAUAAGAAAGACGAUCCAGAUAAAAGUGGCCUGAAAUUUUUGCUUCAAAAUGAGCGUUUGGAGCUGGUGUUUCAAGGAAACGAAAAUGAUGUUUCUGAGCAUACUACAGAGACGGAAACUGAGACCUUCAAGAAUAUUAAAGUAGAAAACGAGACUGAUGAUUUAGAAAACAUUGCCACUGAUGAUGCGAUGAGUGAUGCAGAAGUCUAUGAUUCGGAUCAUAAUGAAACACAUAUAGCGUCCAACUCUCGAGUAAUUCAUCUGUACAAUGCCGAUAUAAAUUUAGAAGAUAACUAUAUUCUUUUGGAAGAAGAUCCUGAUGAGUACGUACAAAUUUCAAAUCAGGAUCAAACAAUGCGGAUCACAUCUACCAAAGCGCGGCGAUAUCUAUGCCCUUGGCAGGGUUGUGGGAGAGCAUACACCAAAUCAUCCCAUGUUACUGCCCACCUAAGGUCUCAUACAGGAGAGCUUCCGUAUGCUUGCACGUGGGAAGGAUGCGAACUUCGUUUUUCUCGGGCAGAGACAUUAAAGCGACACUUUCGCAAGCAUUCAGGUGAACGCAGCUAUGCUUGUCCGGAAUGUACGGCAACAUUUGGGCGGAGUGAUCAUUUGCGAAGCCACAUGAAACGGCACAAUAUUGAUGGUUUCGUGAUAGAAAAGGUCAUCAAAAAUCCUGAAAGAGUGAAAGAAACGCGAACAACGAAACUCUCAGCUAUUGCCAGUAAGGCAAAGAAGCACAAGAAGAAAACUCAGGCUCCGGCUCCAAAUUUACCGCGUAAUCAUCGAUGCGAAUUUCCCGGUUGCGAUAAAAGCUACACCCGGUCUAGUCAUCUGAAAGCUCAUCAAAUUUUGCAUAGCGAUUCAUUCCCGUACAAAUGUCCCUGGGAAGAUUGUGAGCAGAUGUAUGCUCGUUCAUUUGAGCUAUCGCGACACCGCCGGAAGCAUACCGGAGAGAAGAAAUUUGUCUGUCACAUAUGUCAGCUAGCGUUCAUGCGAAGCGACCAUCUUUCGAUGCACGUUAAACGUCACAGAGCGUAAAAAUCGUUUAUGCAUCAAAGCGCACAAUAGUAAAAGCUUACGAGAGAUGUAGUAGCUGCGGCGUUAUUUUAACAACUACAAGCCAUGAAAUACCAAAAACUAACGCAGUU